AUGGGGGAGGCAGAGGUGGCACAAAAGUGGGAGCAGCAGCAGCAGGAGCCAUACUGGCUCCAAAGCUACAGCAGGGGGCCAGCCGGGCUCCCAGAGGCCCUGCUGUGCACUGACACCUUUGUGGGGGGCCACUGGCUGCCUGCUGUCUCAGGUACCUUCCCAGUGCAGGACCUGGCCAGUGGUGCCCAGCUAGGGCGAGUGGCCAACUGCAGGGUGGCUGAGGCCCGAGGGGUCUUGAGCACUGCCCACCAGGCAUUCUGCAACUGGGGUAGGGGGUCUCUGCCAAGGAAAAGAAUUCAUUACUGCAAAAAAUGGUGUGAUCUGAUGAUAAAGAAUAAAGAUGACCUUGCCAAGAUAAUCACAGCUGAAAAUAGAAAGCCCUUAAAGGAGGCCCAAGGAGAAGUUCUUUAUUCAGCCUUUUUCUUGCAGUGGUUUUCAGAAGAAGUACAACACAUUUAUGGAGAUGUCGUUUAUACCCCUGCCAAGAACAGGUGUGGCCUGAUCCUGAAGCAGCCUGUUGGGGUGGCUGCCAUCAUCACACCAUGGAAUUUUCCCAGUGCCAUGAUUACCCAAAAGGUAGGAGCAGCUUUGGUAACUGGUUGUACAGUGGUGGUGAAACCUGAAGAAGAUACACCUCUUUCUGCCCUGGCCCUUGGUGAGCUUGCCAACCAAACAAGAAUUCCUGCAGGUGUCUAUAAUGUGGUUCCCUGCUCUCGCGAGAACAAGGAGGCUGGGGAAGCUCUUUGUACUGAUCCAUUGGUAUCCAAAAUUUCUAUUAUUGGCUCAAGGACAACAGGAACGAUUCUUUUGCACUAUGCUGCUGACUCUGUGAAGAGGGUCUCCAUGGAGCUAGGAGGGCAUGCCCCAUUUAUCGUGUUUGACAGUGCCAAUGUGGACCAAGCGGUGGUGGGUGCCCUGGCUUCCAAAUACAGAAAUUCAUGUGCUCGCACGAAUCGUUUCUUGGUGCAAAGGGGGAUCCAUGAUUCCUUCAUGAAGAAGUUUGCUGAAGCCAUUAAUAGAGAGCUGCGUGGUAAUAGAUUUGAGGAGAGAACUACCCAAGGCCCAUUGAUUAAUGAAAAAGCAGUGGAAAAGGUAGAGAAACAUGUAAGUGAUGCGGUUUCCAAAGGAGCCACCAUUGUGACAGGAAGGAAACGGCACAGCUUUGGGAAGAACUUUUUUGAGCCAACUCUCCUUAGCCACAUCACUGUAGACAUGCUGUGUUCUCAGGAAGAAACUUUUAUCCCCCUAGCACCAGUUAUUAAAUUUGAUACAGAGGAAGAAGCCCUUGCUAUCGCCAAUGCAGUGGAUGUGGGUUUAGCAGGUUAUUUUUACUCUCAGGAUCCAGCCAAGAUCUGGAGGGUGGCUGAGCAACUAGAAGUUGGCAGGGCUAGAGUGAACAAGGAACUAUUGUCCAUGACGGAAUGCCCUUUAGGUGAGGUGAAGCAAUCUGGUCUUGGACAAGAAGGUUCAAAGUAUGGUACUGAUGAAUAUCUGGAACUGAAGUAUGUGUGUUAUGGUAGCUUAUAG